GCGCGGCGCAGCGCGGAGGAUGCUGCGGGAGGGGGGCGCCGCCGCUGCCGCCAGCCCCGGUGCCGGUGCCGGGCGGGAGGGUGCCCCUCUGCAGCCCCCCCCCCCCCCGCCGCUGAGCCCCCAGCCCGGCCAUGGGGGCGCUGACCAGCCGGCAGAACGCAGGGGUGGAGGAGGUGGACGUCCCCGCUAACUCCGUCUAUAGGUACCCCCCGAAAUCCGGGAGCUACUUCGCCAACCACUUCAUCAUGGGAGGGGAGAAGUUCGACUCCACGCACCCCGAGGGUUACCUCUUCGGCGAGAACAGCGACCUCAACUUCCUGGGGAACCGGCCCGUCCUGUUCCCUUACGCUGCUCCACCUCCCCAGGAACCCGUCAAGACCCUCAGGAGCCUGAUCAACAUCCGCAAGGACACCCUGCGCCUCGUCAAGUGUUCAGAGGAGGUGAAGACCCCGGGGGAAGAAGUGAGCAAAGCCAAGGUGCACUACAACGUGGAGUUCACCUUCGACACGGACGCCCGCGUGGCCAUAACCAUCUACUACCAGGCGAGCGAGGAGUUUCACAACGGGGUGGCGAGCUACGUCCCCAGGGACAGCAGCCUGCAGUCGGAGACGGUGCACUACAAGCGGGGCGUGUGCCAGCAGUUCUGCGUGCCCUCCCACACCAUCGACCCCUCCGAGUGGACCGAGGAGGAGCUGGGCUUUGACCUGGACCGGGAGGUGUUCCCCAUGGUGGUGCACGCGGUGGUGGAUGAAGGCGAUGAGCACGCCGGGCACAGCCACGUGCUGCUGGCCACCUUCGAGAAGCACGCCGACGGCACCUUCUGCGUGAAGCCCCUCAAGCAGAAGCAAGUGGUGGACGGGGUGAGCUACCUCCUGCAGGAGAUCUACGGCAUAGAGAACAAGUACAACACGCAGGACUCCAAGGUCGCCGAGGACGAGGUGAGCGAUAACAGUGCCGAGUGCGUCGUCUGCCUCUCAGACGUCCGCGACACCCUCAUCCUGCCCUGCCGCCACCUCUGCCUCUGCAACACGUGCGCCGACACCCUGCGCUACCAGGCCAACAACUGCCCCAUCUGCAGGCUGCCUUUCCGAGCCUUGCUUCAAAUCCGAGCCAUGAGGAAGAAGCUGGGGCCCCUCUCGCCCACCGGCUUCAACCCCAUCAUCGCCUCGCAGACCUCCGACUCCGAGGAGCACUCGUCCUCGGAGAACAUCCCCCCGGGCUACGAGGUGGUGUCGCUGCUGGAGGCCCUCAACGGGCCGCUGACGCCCUCGCCGGGCGCGGUGCGGCUGCGGGCGCUGGGGGACGCGGCCCCCCCCGGCACGGGGCCGCUGCCUCCCUACGGCAGCGACGGCCGCCUGCCCCCCCUGCGCGCCCUCUCGCCCCUCGAGCGCCUGUCGGACUGCGCCCCACCAGGGCUCAAGCUGAAGAAAAGCAUCUCCAAGUCCAUCUCGCAGAACUCCUCCGUGCUGCCCGAGGAGGAGGACGAGAAGUCGGGCACCGAGUCGGAGCUGAGGGGCACCAGGAGGAAAUCUCCUGCCCGGCUGGAGGAGGAGUGCGGCGUCACACCGGAGAGCGAGAACCUCACCCUGUCCUCGUCGGGCGCCAUCGACCAGUCCUCGUGCACCGGCACCCCGCUGUCCUCCACCAUCUCCUCUCCAGAAGAGCCCGUCAGCAGCAGCCUGGCCCAGUCCGUCAUGUCCAUGGCGUCCUCGCAGAGCCAGCACUCGCAGCUCAGCACCGACACCGUCUCCUCCAUGUCCGGCUCCUACGUGGCCCCCGGCACGGAGGAGGAAGGGGACACGCUGCCCUCGCCCGCGGCCGCCUCCGACGGAGAGUCGACGCCUGUGGAGUCCCUGGAUAUAAACUUCGUCAGCAUCUCGGCCGAGGAGCAUGACGCCGAGGGCAACGCCGUGCUGGAGGACGAGGACGCGUCGCCCACGCAGGACGACGGCCGGAGGACAGGCGCGUUCCUCGGUCUGAGGUGUGACAAUAACAAUGACUUGGGCAUCGCACACGUGAAAGCGCUGGACAAUAAGCUGUGCUCUGAGGCCCGCUUACCUGCCGCGGUGCCGGACUCCUGCCCCAUAGACAUUGACGAAUAGGCCCAGAGGCAGCCAAAAACAACGUGCGGCUCCCACGGAGCAGGCGGCGGCCGUGGGAGUGCUGCCCGUGCCAGGGCUCAGCCCGGGGGGCGCACGCACCCCCCCGCCACGCACAGAGGGACCCGGGCACCGCCACCUCCACCCCUGGGCUGUAGCAGAACUGAUUGUUUUUGAAAGAAAAGCCGAUAACCUCGUAUUUCCCUCCCUGUCCCCUGCCGCAGUGGAAGGACGGGGUGGCCACAGCUGGGAGUGCGGGGGGGGGGGGGCAAGAGCUGUGUCACCUCGCAGCCCCCCCCGUCAGCACCUUUCUGUCCCCCAGCACCGAUGGGGACAGGCUGGGGUCCCCCUCCUGCCCCCCAUGCAGCACACAGCGGGACGGGACAGGGUCACCCCAAAAAGGGGGUCCUGGGGCACGGCCGCAGGGGGACGAUGGCAGGAGGGUGCCCACGGGUUAAGGACAGGUGGCAGCAGUGGCAUCCUCAGUGCACAAGCUGGUGACCUCCGUGGGGGGCUGGCCCCCCCGGUUUGCUGGCACGUCCCCGUGCCAUGCCGUGGGAUGUCCCCACUGGUGCACUGGUGGUGAUGGCACUGCCCCUCCCCGGCCCCCUGCACCCCCUUUCUCCUCCUGGGCAGCAUGCGAGCUCCGCAAGGUGGCUUGUCCCCAGGGAUGGAGGGGGGUGGCAGGGGACCUGGUCCCCGCCGUCACCAGCGCCCCGGGGCAUCGCCAGUUUAACCUCACUGUCUUCCGCCCCGCUGCGAGCUUGGGGCUCGGGGCUGUGCCCUCUCUCUGGAACAAGUGCCAAAAUUGUCACCCCUGCCACCCCGUCCUGCUCUGUGUGUCCAUCGCACUUCGUAGCAGGGGCUGGACGAGGGUGGGGGAGCUGCCCCCCAUCCCGCCAACCCCAUCCCUCCAUCCCCAUCCCUCCAGCACUGGGCCGGCAGCGUUAGUGGGGUUUGCUCAGGGGGACGGGCACUCAGGGACCCGUGGGGCAGGGAUGCAGCCCCAGACCUCGGGGACCUCACGGGGCCGUUGGCAGAGGCCAGGCUCCACGCUGAAGAGCACCAGGGUCCGCCAAAAGCCUCCUCGGGGACCAGCACCCCAACGCAGUGAGCUUUGCGCCCCCGGAGGGGCUGCUGAGCCCCUUCCCCACGGUUUUCUCAGUAGCACGAGCUGGGCGAGAGCCCCCGAAGCAGAUAUGCGAGCAAAGCCCCCCUCCUCCUUUCAGGAGGAAACCGCAUUUCGGAGCUACGUUAGGACAGAAGGGUGGGUUCUGAAAGGGAACAAAGCCCCUUAGGGGCGUUCCUGCUGCCUGGCUCCCCGUGUGCACGGGGAAAACGAGGGAGAUGCUGCGGGGUGUCCCUGCAGCCCUCCCGGCUCCAGCAGGGACAAGGAGAGCUCCCCAGGCACCGUGGCAUGGGGCUGCCGUGGUGCUCGGGGAGGUUGGGGGACAGCAGGCAGGUCCUGGCCCCGGGGGGUGCCAGGAGGUGAGCAGCGGGGUGCUGGGGCCGCUGCGAGCUGCGUGUCCCCGAGCUGCAUCCCCCGGACCCCCCCGGCACCAGCCCCGGCAGCGCGGGGUGAGGGCGGCAGCCCCUUUCCUCGCGGGGCAGCCCCUCGUUCCAGCCACCCACCCGUCAGGGAUUGAAGGAAGGAAACCAGACUGCUGCUUAUGACUCUGCUUCGAGCAUGUUUCGGGUUUUAAGAGUAUGUUUAAUAAAGGGUAUCUUACGUCG